AUGGAAGCAGGAAACCAAACAAAGUUUUCAGAAUUCCUCCUACUGGGCUUCUCUGAGUAUCCAGAACUACAGCCCCUCCUCUUUGGCAUGUUCCUGUCCAUGUAUCUAGUCACUGUGCUCGGGAAUCUGCUCAUCAUCCUGGCUGUGACCUCUGACUCCCAUCUCCACAACCCCAUGUACUUUUUUCUCUCAAACCUUUCCUUUGUUGAUAUCUGUUUCGUCACAACCACAGUUCCUAAAAUGCUGGCAAAUAUCCACACACAGAACAAGGGCAUCCCCUACAUAGGAUGCCUCAUUCAGAUGUAUUUCUUUAUUCUUUUUGCUGGAAUGGACAAUUUUCUCCUGACCAUGAUGGCCUAUGAUCGCUUUGUGGCCAUCUGUUAUCCCUUGCACUACAACGUCAUCAUGAAACCCCGACUCUGUGGCUUGUUAGUUCUGAUCUCUUGGGUCAUCGCUUUCUGGGUCUCUCUGAUUCAUACUUUACUAAUAAUGCGACUGACUUUCUGUAUAGACACUGAAAUUUCACAUUAUUUCUGUGAUCUGGCUCAGAUUCUGAAGGUGGCCUGCUCAGAUACCCUCAUCAAUAAUAUCUUUGUGUUUGUUGUCACUGGCCUGCUGGGAGUGUUUCCCCUCACUGGAAUCCUCUACUCUUACUCUCAGAUUAUCUCCUUCUUAAUGAGAAUGUCUACUGCUCAGAACAAGUAUAAAGCAUUUUCAACUUGUGGGUCUCACCUCUCUGUUGUAUCCCUGUUCUAUGGGUCAUGUCUUGGGGUAUACUUCAGUUCUGCUGAAAGAAGUUUAAUAGCCACGCUGAUGUAUACCGUGGUCACACCCAUGCUGAAUCCCUUCAUCUACAGUUUAAGGAACAAAGAUGUGAAGGGAAGUCUAGGAAGGCUUCUCAGUAGACCAGCUUCUUAUGGGUACUAG